AUGGCAGAAGAACUCUCCCUCAUUGAUUUUUGGACAGCCCCUUAUGGGAUGAGAGUAAGGAUAGCAUUGGAAGAGCAAGGUAUUCAGUACCAAUUCAUAGAAGAAGACUUAUCAACCUUAGACAAGAGCCCUCUUCUGCUAAAGAUGAAUCCUAUUCAUAAGAAGAUCCCUGUUCUAAUUCAUGGAGGAAGACCAAUCUGUGAAUCUCUCAUCAUACUCCAAUAUAUUGACGAAGUAUGGAAUGAAACAUCACCUUUGUUACCUCAAGACCCUCAACAGCGAGCUCAUGCUAGGUUUUGGGCUGAUUUUGUAGACAAGAAGGUUUAUGAAUGUGUAACCAACAUGUGGAAGAAGAAAGGAGAAGCUCUUGAGGCAGCAAAGAAGGAAUUCAUAGAGACCUUUAAGUUGAUGGAAGGAGCCAUGGGAGAUGAUCUAUUUUUGGGUGGGGAAACCUUUGGCUUCUUGGACAUUGCUCUAAUUCCUUUUACUGCAUUCUUCAACACUUGUGAAAUUUUCGGAAACUUCGCCAUAGAGCCAGAAUUGCCAAAAAUUGUAGCAUGGGCUAAAAGAUGUAAUGAGAGAGAAAGUGUGUCAAAAGUUCUACCUAAUCCCCCAAAAGCUUAUGAAGUCAUUUGCCUUGCAAGAAAGUUACAAGGUAUCGAAUAAUACAAGGCAUACUCGGGUGUGGAAGAACGUUGUCGGGCUAUCAUUUUCGAAGGACAAAAUAUCACUAGGAAUCAAUACCCUGUAGAGA